UUUAAAGAUGGCUGCGCCCAUGUGGAAAAACGAAGUUACCAAAUAUGUCAAACUUUUGGAUAAUUCUGCUGUAGAAACAUUAAGCAAUGGCUUGCAAGAGAAGUCUAUCUCCCUGCUGGAACUUAUUGAAAAUAUAGGGGAGUACUUGACCAAUGAGGAUCACCAGAUAAGGGGGCGUGUCAUACGACUUUUGUGUGAUGUUAUCGCCAUCAUCCCAAACACACUGCUGUCUUCAAUGGAAGUGAAGUCCUUGGUGACGUAUUUGUGCGACCGACUUCAGGAUCAUCACUCCAUACAACCCCAGGCACUGAGAGGACUACUGACAAUGAUCACAAAAGGUGGGUCUAUUCUACCAGAGGGGUGUGCUGAGACAAUAUGUAAGGGGGUGUUUAAGGAGGUACAGGUCCAAUCCUUAUCACAGACAGACAGGUGUACGGUGUACAACAUCUACACAGCACUACUGGAUAAGAAACUCACUGAGCUACAAGCGAUGGGGAAUGAUUUUGUGUUUGGGUUUAUUCAGUCCAUGGAUACAGAAAAAGAUCCAAGGAAUCUUCUACUAGCCUUCCACUGUGCUCGGACAAUCAUUCUUAAUUUCUCUCUAGGACCUUUUGUUGAAGAAAUGUUUGAAGUCACAUCAUGUUACUUUCCCAUUGAUUUUACACCACCCCCAAAUGAUGAGUAUGGAAUCUCCAGACAGGACCUGAUCCUGGCGUUACGUGGAUGUCUGACGGCCUGUACGGAGUUUGGACCUCUGUGUGUUCCAUUACUUCUGGACAAACUACAAUCAGACAUAGAGAGUGCUGUUCUUGACUCACUAUUAACUUUGUCAGCUGGUGCUAUGGUUUAUGGUGCUAAGUGUAUCAAGGAAUUCCAGACACCUCUAUACCGGUGUAUUAAACAGGAGCUUACUGCCCCGAAAUCUCCGGAGAUAGAGAAGGCUGCUGAAUCAGCCCUGACAGCGAUAUCAUCAGCUCUCUCUCCUCAGGCGGGACUCUCAACAGAUAGCUCAGAAGUUGAUGUUUUUAUUAAAGAAGUCAUGCAAGACUGUAAGCGUCACUUUUUGGAUGAGGACCUGCGACUGUUUAAACCAUCCUGUAAAGUGUUUCUUGCCAUUGCUAAGGGUUCUGAUCAUGCCUGCGGUGUGGUUAUACAACAAAUGGUACCCAUACUAGAAGAUAUGUACAACAAAUUUACAGGGGUAAAUCAGAGGAAACAAAUAAUAGAAAUGCUGGUUAAGUUUUUAUGUUCUUCAAGAAAUUUUACUGGAGGAAGAGCCCACAAAGUUGUUUCAGAGUUGAUAUCUUCCUCCCUGAAAAUUCUGUUGUCAGCGACCUCUCAGUCCAAUGUGACCUUGACCUCAACAGCUGUUCAAGGUCUGGGUGAACUUAUGACCUUGCCUGAUGUUCUAAAAUCAGAGGAUCUUAAAACAGUGUGUCAGUGUAUAUUGGACCAGGUGUUGAAUUCUAAAGAUAAAGGUGUAAGGAAUUCCUGUUCGGAUCCUUGCAAGAACAUGAUGAAAGUUUGUCCCGAAAUAUCAUCAGAAAUUUUACCUAAGCUGUUGGAUAAGAUUAAUCCAGUUGAAGGGGAAGACAUUCUUGGUUUUGUAGCAAUAUUUGCUGCAGACAAAAAUGUCAUAUCCAGUACAACACAACAGCUUCUGUCAAAACUACAGCAAGAAUCUCUAGCUAUGUGCGAGUCAGCCUCACAGAUCUGCCUAUGGAUUGUGUCGUGUUUAAUUGACAUUUCUGUGUAUGUCAGAGGAAAUUCAGAUUGUGUGACUAUUUUGUCUACAGAGACUAUAUCUAGUGUCUACAGAUUAGUUGUGUCUAACGCUGUGUCUGAUAAUUACAGUGAAGUCUUGUCUAGUCCACAGAUUUUACAGUCUUUCUCUACCUUUAUAAGAAAAACUGUGAUUUUAUUAGAUGCUGGAUUGUACUCCAAAUUAUACAACUCUGUAACGAAUCUCUAUUUUGAUGCUGAUAAAAGUGAUCUAGGAUUAAAGAAAUCAUUUUCACCUCUUGAGUCCACUUCUCCCUUGGAGCAGACAUCACUUGUCACCCUGCUGACUCCUGUUAUAUGCUCUAGUCCUAAACAAUAUACUCUGCCUGAUGUUAAUAAAUACAGGGACACACUCUGUGACUUGUCACUAAGAAGUAACCAUGACUACACAAAAUCUGAGGCAGCUAAAUGUUUGGCUGGAAUUUUAAACAAAGCAACAGAUGAUGAGGAGCUGACAGCAUUCUUAAUAAGUAGAUGUGAAUUUUACGAACAAACUUUGACCUCUGACAGCAAAGACACCUCAUGUCUACAGCAAUGUGUCUGGGUCACAAAGGCUCUUGUCAUGAGGGGACACAGAGAGGCCAGCAAGUUUGUAAAAAUUCUUCUGAGGUUGCUGGGAAGUGAGACACUAGGUGAUCAUGCGGCUGAGGGAUUUGGAAUCCUUCACACUGAGUAUGAAGAUGUCCUCAAUCCCACCAUGCAUGCUAACAUCCGCUUCCUGUACAAACAGCGAUUCUUCACCGAAAACUCCGCCCGACUGACUGAAGGCUUUAAGAACGCUUCAUCUGAGACAAAGAAGAAUUACCUGAUAGCUCUGUCUCAUUGUCUGAAAUCUCUUCCAAAGUCUGUUCUUGUCAGAGAACUACCUCAGUUAUUCCCCAUGUUGGUCCAGUCCCUACUGUGUGAUAAUGUCCAGCUACAACAGUCCACUAUGGAGACACUGUGUACAAUGAUCACUGAUGCCCCAAACAUCAUUGUCAAACAUGUGGAUACAGUGAUUCCUCAGCUGUUGAAACUUUCAUCCUACAAACCAUCAAUGAAAGUAAGAUGUGCUGCUUUGAGGUGUUUACAUGAGUUGGUGUGUCUCCCCUCCCCCGUGAUCUUACCGUACAGACCCAGUGUGAUAAAAACCCUAGAGGGGGUCCUGGACGACAAGAAGAGACUUGUGAGACUAGAAGCUGUAAAGGCUAGGAACGAAUGGUGUUUGUUGGGACAACCUGGAAGCAGGGCAUGAUAUGGAAUUAUAGUAAUAAUAUGUAAAUAAAUGUAUC